AGCCGGCUUCGUCUGUUCGCUUCAUUUUACAUCCCUCAGCUCAUCUACCGUCUCCACAUUAACGUUUCAUCCUCAUGGCUGCUUCUUUGCUACUCCGGGGGCAUCCUCUCCUGCGGUUUGGGCUCUGGCAUCGCGGGCUUUGCUCUGGGGUCGUGCAGGUGACUCGCCGCUCUUGCUGCACUGCGACGGCGGCGUCUACUCCACCGGACGGGAGCUUAACAUCUGCUGAAAAUACUGCAUCAGUGUCGAGUGCCAGUCAAUCAACGAAGUACCAAAGAUGGUGUGAGCCUGAUUAUCGAAAGUGGAAAGACCAGGAAGACGAAAUUCUCAGCGAUGUCGAGCCUGUCAUGUCCCUCACUAAAGAGAUUCUCCACUCCAAUAGGUAUGUGGAUGGGGAGCGAUUGACAUCAGAGGACGAGAGAAUUGUGGUUGACAGGCUUCUAGCUCAUCAUCCACAUGCUGAAGAUAAAAUUGGUUGUGGACUUGAAUUCAUUAUGGUUGAUCGACACCCCCAAUUUCGGUACUCAAGAUGCCUCUUUGUUGUAAGGACUGAUGGUGGAUGGAUCGACUUCUCGUAUCAAAAGUGUCUUCGUGCAUAUAUCCGAAGUAAAUAUCCAUCAUAUGCAGAGAUGUUUAUUCGAGAACAUUUCAAACGUGGUAGUUGAUGAAUGUGUGCUAUUGUUGAUGCUGUGAGCUGUGAUCUGAAUUUGUUUUGAUCAAGAAAGAUGUAUGAAUGAUUAAAUCAAUUCUUCAUGGUUCGGUGACCUGCAAGAAGGAAAAAUGUACGGAUUGUCAAUGUAAUAGAUAGCAUGUCCUGGACGCACUGCACAGUUUUUAAGAAUGAGAAGAAUCGAUGAUCAUUGAAGUGAACCUUCACUUUAUUGACUUGCA